UUCAAACGGUAAACUGCUUGAGUAGACAUCUUCAUUUAUCCACCAUCGUUGGCUAGAGCCCUUGAUUCUCAACGCUCGCUGUUUUCGCUGAUGCCAUGCUGGGCUAGGGGCUUCGGAGAGAAAAGGCAUUUGCCUGUAUCCGGGUUAGACAUGGAAGGAAAAAAGUUUCAUGUCUGUCUGAAAACGUAUAACAUGAGCUUGCUCUAAAAGACGGUAUUUAUGCGGAUAUUCGAUACUCUUGCGCUUUUUCAUUUUACGCUAACGUCGUUUUCUUGUUAGCUAACGUUAGCUGUCUGGCUUCUUUUGUGUUCUGCUUUUCUUCCUCUUUUUUUUCAUUAGCCAGUUAGCUUGCUAGCUCGACUGGACUUUAUGCCUGAGAUGUGGACUUGAUCAUGGCCGCACAAGUGGCAACAGCCCCAACAUCAAAUGGUAAGAAAAGGUCGAAUUUAGCUAGUAGCUUGAGUCAAGAUUUGAAAUCUGGCAAGUCUGGAGUAGUUGGUGGAGCUGUGCUUGGGGUAGGAAAUGGGACUAGCGUUCAUGCUAUGAAUAAUGUAGAACGCCAUGAACUGAACCCGACCAGUAGAGCUCGAGCUUCUCCUGCAAACAACGAUUCGAAUCCACGUGAGAAGGAAAGUAGAGAUUCUAGAUCGGCGUCUUUUUCGACUUCAAAUUCUAGCAUGGAGACGGGAAUGUUUGUUAGUCAUAAAGUGAAAAAUGUUGGUGGUGAAGAUACUCCAUCUCUCCACCACACACCUCCUCAGCAACAGCCAUUCAACCAAUUCCUUCAGCACCAACAACGCCAAAUUCAGAACAACAACCAGCAGUCGCUACAUGGAGAAAGUGGAAACCGCCAACAUGGGGAAAGUGGAACCCGCCAACAUGGAGGAAAAGGGAAUGUUGUUUUAGGGAAUACAGUCGAACGCCAUCAGCAACAGGAAAUGCUGAAUAAAAAUGAGGACGACCAACCGAGCAAAACGGAAGACCGGUUGGACAGCAGGUACGAGCAUGCCAGUUCGGGACCAACAAAUAACAUCAACCCGUCCCAAGGUGGUACCAGCUCGGUUUCGGAGUUUAAUAGUUAUUAUGGAAAUGGUAAAGGAGGGCCUUGCUUUGAUCAACAUGGCGGACAACAAAGCCCUGGGUCUGGGAUAAUGCAUUCGGUACAACAGAAUAUGGAUCAAGUUCAACAAAACUCCCACGAAGGGUACCACAACAACCCGUACAACCACUACGCGACUUACCGACCUGGCUACGGUAACAGUGGAUAUGGGAUGAUGAGUCCCUCUCGGCAGGGGAACAACAUGAUGGGCCUAGGCAGCAACACGGCUGCUGCUAAUCAUAGCAAAGCUGCCAUGGCCGCUGCCUCUUCUGGUGGUGCUAAUGUUGGAGGGUUUCAGAGAUUUCCAGGGCAAACUCAGCAACAUCCUUCGGGGGCUACCCCAACUCUAAACCAGCUACUGACAUCCCCGAGUCCUAUGAUGCGGGGCUAUGGCGGUGGCUAUCAAGAUUACACUAAUCCCUCUGCUCAACAACAAUCAAGCAUGGGGCUGACCAAAGACAUAAACCCCCAAUACGGUUCAGUUACACAUGUUUGGGGAGGACAACAAAGAAAUCACCCUGCCAUGAGCCCUGGAAACAACGGACAAGGAAGCGGCAGAUCACAGGUGCCACCUAUGGACGCCAUGGCCAUGAAGCGCUCUCAGCUCUACGGCAUAGGCAACAACCCUUACUCCCAGCAACAACAGGGCGGGGGCGGGUCUUACCCUGGCCAGCCAUACGGAUCGCCUUCUCCUCACCGCUAUCCAAUGGGAAUGCACGGGAGGGGUCAGGUGGGCAUGAGUGGAAUGCAGUAUCCUCAACAGCAGCAGAUGGUAGCCCAGUAUGGACAGCAGCAUCAGGGGCAGCAGGGUGGGUACUGCCAGCCGCAGGGCCAGUCCCCAUACUUCAGCCCUCCCCAGCAACAGCCCACCGCCCCCACACAGCCCCCCUACAUGCAGCCACGCCCACCACCACCACAACAGGAUGUGUCACAGGAGGGCUAUGGCAACAGGGGCCAGUCUGCUAUGACCCCUGGGAAGCCCAACCAUGAGGAGAUGGGCCUCAGCCAGCAGGACAGACCUUCCAGUCUACCUGACCUGUCUGGCACCAUAGAUGACCUUCCUACGGGCACAGAGGUGGCUGUCAGCUCAGCGGUCAGUGCUUCGGGGUCCACCAGCAGCCAGGGCGAGCAGAGUAACCCGGCCCAGUCGCCUUUCUCUCCCCAUGUAUCCCCGCGUCUCCCCGGCCUGCGCAGCGGCCCCUCGCCCUCCCCCGUGGGAUCACCUGUUGGCUCCAGCCAAUCACGCUCCGGCCCAAUCUCCCCCGCCAGCGUCCCAGGCACCCAGAUGGCCCCCCAGACCCCUGGGAACAUGUCUGAUGUGGGCUCCCAUUCCACCCUGAGCCAGUCCCCCAUGUCUCAGGAGAGAGGGUUCCCACCUGCCAUGCAGCGGAACACCCCAGGCCCCCAGCAGUCGGGCCAGGGGCCCCCCGUGUCCCCUCACCCCUCCCUGGGAGGCUCCAUGCACCCGGGCUCCUAUCAUCAGCAGCAGCAGGGGGGCCCUGGCCCCUCGUACGGAUCCCAGACCAGCCAGUACGGCCCCCAAGGUAACUACCCCAGGCCCCCGAACUACGGCGGGGCUCCCAGUGCCAAUUACAGCGGCCCCGGCCCUGGCAUGAGCAACAGUUUGGGCAUGAACGCCAGCAGCCCCAUGCAUGGCCAGGGCCCCGGACAGCCCUGUGGCUCCAUGCCCGCCGGGCGAGGCUUGGGUCCAGGGGCCAGUGGGCGCCCCUACCCCUGUGCCACCACCAACACCAUGGCCCCCACCUCUCCCAGCAUGCCACAGCCUGCCGGACAGGGUCAGGGCAUGAGACCGCCCCUGCCCAACGUUAAUCGUAAGCCGGGCCACGAGGCAGGCCCCAACGCCAUGCAGGGUCCAAACGCUGGUUCCAACCCCUCUGCCCAGGGCCGGCAGGGAAUGACCCCCAUGCCGCACCACCCAGGCAUGAACCCCAUGGGCCCCGGAGGUGUGGGCCCCAGCCCUGGAGGCCUCUACAGCCAGCAGCCAGGGGCUAACACCUCUGGAAGGAUGACCCCACAGGGGCCCCACCCCCUCUACAACGCACCCCCACCCUCAGGGCCCAUGCAGAUGGGAGGAGAGGGGAUGGUGGGUCCCCCUGACCCCAAACGGAGGCCUCCAGAGCAGCACAGGGAGGGCAACACUCCUGCCCCUGCCGUCGAACCACCACCUAAACCCAAGGACCGCUACAGCUCCUCUCAGUGUAUGUCCCAGCCCCCCACCCCAUGUCCCCUGUCCCCCAGCCCUGCUAGUCUGUCCUCUUGUCACGGGGCGCAGGACAGCAGAGAUAUCAUUAGCAGCCACCCUGCUGUCGCUGGGGCCUGGCCAAAGACCCCCACCAGCCCUAAACCCAGCCCGGCCACCAUGACCAAUGAGAAGAUCCGCAUCCUGUAUGAGAUGGGCGGGGAGCCCGAGAGAAGGAUGUGGGUGGACCGCUACCUGACCUUCAUGGAGGAGAGGGGCACGCCCGUACCCAUGCUGCCUGCCGUGGGCAAGAAGCCCCUGGACCUAUGCCGCCUCUAUCUGUCUGUCCGAGAGAUAGGAGGCCUGGCUAUGGUGAACAAGAGUAAGAAGUGGAGGGAGCUGUCUACCCACCUCAACGUGGGCACGUCCAGCAGCUCCGCCAGCUCUCUGAAGAAGCAGUACAUCCAUUACCUGUUUGCCUUCGAGUGUAAAGUGGAGCGGGGAGAGGAGCCGCCGCUGGAGAUCCCGGGAGAAACCAAGAAACAGGCCCAGGCGCACCAGGCUAGGAUCCAGCCGCCCUCACCAGCCAACUCCGGCUCCCUACAGGGCCCCCAUACCCCCCAGUCUACAGGCAGCAGCUCCAUGAGUGAGAUGCCAGAGGGUAUGAAGCGCCCGACCCCAGCCACCACACCCCACGGACACAUGACCCCACAGCCAGGAAACAGGAACAGUGGUGGUAUCCGUGUCCAGGAUCCCUUCUCAGAGAUCAGUGACCCUGCCUUCCACAAGCGAGGGCCUAUGCCCUCUGGCGCCCCCUACCAGCAGAGUGGCGGUAGUUCAGACCCCUCCAUGAGGAUGCAGUACGACGCCAACAAGGACCUCUAUGGAGGGCCCCAGAAAGGGCCAGGGGGCAGUGAGUCCUAUGGACCAGGUCAGAUGCCCAGCGGUGCCGUGCAGGAUAUGUACCCCCGUGGUCCUCCCUCAAGAGCCAUGCCAGGGAUGGGCAUGGGCCCCGGCACGCGGCCACAGUACCCCUACGGGCCUGGCUACGACAGAAGACCAGACCAUGUGAUGGGUCCAGAGGGGGGUAUGGCUCCCCCUGGGGGUCAGAACAAUAUGGGACCUUCCAGCGGUGACCCCAGCAUGUACUCUGCCAACAGAUACCCUCAGCAGAGACCACAUGGACAUGAGAGUUACGGGCAGCAGCAAUACCCUCACGGCCCCAUGCCCUACGGCUCUCACCAGCCUGGAAUGUAUCCACAGCAACAGGGCUAUAAGAGGCCAGUAGGACCAGAUGUUAUGUACGGUCCCCCUGCUAAGCGCCAUGAGGGUGAGGCCUACGGCAUGCAGCAGUACGGAGGACAGCAGCCAGGCAUGUACAGCCAGUACGGAGGGAAUUACAUGGGGCCAGAGCGCAGGCCCAUGCAGGGCCAGUACCCUUACCCCUACAGCCGAGACCGCAUGGGGGCCACCCAGGGGCCACAGCAACACGCCAUGAUGAGUGGUGGGCCCCCUUCUUCUUCCGGAGCCUCUGCAGAGGGCCCACAGCUUAACAUGUGGCACCCCAGGACAGACAUGGGCUACCCCGGGCCUUACCGUGGCCAACUGGGCCAGGGGCUCCCUUACCCUGGUUUGGGACGGGGCCCGGGGGAUGACCCAGAGGGUAGGAACUCCCCAGAUGGGCAGUGGCCCCCCGGACCUCCAGGCCAGCACCAGCCCCCGUAUCCACCCCACUCCUCCUCUGCCUCCUCCAUGCCCCCAAUGGCAUCCAGACAGCCCACCUCCUCCUACCAAUCCAACCCCGCCAUGGCCAACCACAUCUCUAGAGCCCCCAGCCCCUCGCCCUUCCCCCGGCCCAUGGGGGGAUCCGGGCCCCUGUCCCCCAACAAUGGGGGCCCCUACAUGGCAUCUCUGAAGAAGGCAGGGAUGCCCGGAUCCAUGCCAGGCUCACUCGGCGGAGGGAUGUCAGGGCAGGGCAUUCUACCUCUCCACAGAGAUAUCAGCUUCCCCGUGGGGUCAGUGGAGGCCACCCUGCCCAAACUCAAGGCCCGACGCAGACUUACCUCCAAGGAGACCGGAACUCCGGAGGCGUGGCGCGUGAUGAUGUCCCUUAAGUCAGGUCUGCUGGCGGAGAGCACGUGGGCGCUGGACACCAUCAACAUCCUGCUGUAUGACGACAACACUGUGUCCUCCUUCACCCUCGCACAGUUGCCUGGCUUCUUGGAGCUGAUUGUGGAGUACUUCCGCCGGUGCCUGAUCUCCAUCUUUGGGAUCCUGGAUGAGUAUGAGGUGGGCACAGAGGGACAGAGAACGCUGCUAGGACCAAUCGCAGACCAGGAGGAAGAGCCUACCGUUCCAGAGCUCGGCAGCCAAUUACGCAAAGAGCAGAGGGAUAACAGGCCAGAAGAGGCGGAGAUAGAGAAGCCCACAGCCAACGGCAGCACAGAGGAGGCAGUCCCAGAUGAAAAGACGGAGGAGCCUGUCGAGGUGACUGUGAAAGAGGAAAAGGUAGAAGGGGAAGAAUCUGAGGUGGGGGCAACCACGGAUCAGUCUGAGCCUCCCCAGCCCGAGGGGCCCCCAGAGCCGAGGCCCAAACAGGCCAGUAAGUACGACAAGCUGCCUAUCAAGGUGGAGGAGAAGAGUGCGGAGGAGGACCAGGUGGAGGAGCGCCAGGGACUCAGCCUGCCCAGGGGCUUCAGCUCCGGCCUGCUGCACUGGAAGGCUGGAGGGGGGGACUCCACGGCCCACAUCCAAACACACUUCGAGAAACGCAGCGAAGAGACGGACAGCAAGCAUACAGAGGAGAGGAAGGUGGAAGAAGGGGCCGUUGUAGAGAAGACCAUGACUGAGACAGCCACUGUGGACGAAAUGCUGAGUGCCCGACCAGGCUCUCAGUCUCUGUCAGAGAGGAACGAUCUUACUGGGACGUUCUCCUUUGUAGGAGGGGCGCAGACCCAAAGUCCUAUUUUGACCCUGCUGGAGGACGAGCCUCGCUGCUGGGACGAGGCGCCCCUCUCCACGGCCGAACCCUGGCAGGACGCCCUGGCCCGCCGCUGUGUCUGUGUCUCCAACAUCGUCCGCGGCCUCUCCUUCAUCCCAGGGAACGACAACGACAUGUCCCGCCACCCAGGCCUGGUGCUGAUCCUGGGGCGGCUGGUCCUUCUGCAUCACCUGCACCCCCAGAGGAGGAGGACGCCCCCCAGCUACCAGAGAGAGGAGGAGCAGGGCCGGGCCUGCAGCAAGGACGAGUGGUGGUGGGACUGUUUGUCAGCCCUCAGGGAGAACACUCUGGUCACCCUGGCUAACAUCUCAGGUCAACUAGACCUGUCCCUCUACCCAGAGAGCAUCUGUCUGCCCAUCCUGGACGGGCUGCUCCACUGGAUGGUGUGUCCCUCUGCCGAGGCCCAGGACCCCUUCACCACGGCGGGCUGCUCCUCCUCCCUCACCCCCCAGAGAUUGGUGCUGGAGUGCCUGUGCAAGCUGAGCAUCCAGGACAACAACGUGGACCUCCUGCUGGCCACGCCGCCGUUCAGCCGCCAGGAGAAGCUCUACGCCACCCUGGUGCGCCACGUGGGUGAGCGGAAGUCCCAGGUGUGCCGGGAGAUGGCGGUGGCUGUGCUCUCUAACCUGGCACAGGGGGACCCGACGGCGGCGCGUGCCAUCGCUCUGCAGAAGGGCAGCGUGGGAACACUCAUCGGCUUCCUGGAGGACUGCGUGGCCAUGGCCCAGCACCAGCAGGGACCCCACAGCCUGCUACACCCAGCACCAGUCCCCCACCCCGAACCCCCCAGCGUUAACAUGAUGUGCAGGGCCGCCAAGGCUCUGCUGGCCAUGGCCAAGGUGAAGGAGAACCGGCCAGAGUUUGUUCUCUACGAGAGCAGGCUACUGGAUAGCUCUCUGUCCUCUGUGCUGAGCUCUGCCGUGGCGGCCAUCAUGUGUGAAGUACUGUUUAAGAUUGGACGCUCCUCGUGACAGCCACAGGCAAAGACACAGAGGGAGGGGGGGUGCUUGGUCUGACAGCCAAGCUACAGUGAACACGAACAUGGGUGUGCGUGGUAUAAUAUUUUUAUUUAAAUAAAACAAAAAUGUUUUUACAUACAAAUAAAUAUAUAGAAUAUAUAUAGCUCCUAUGCCCCAUUCGCAACCUUCAUUUGGGAUUUUUAAAUCAUUUUAAUACAAAUAUUUAAUACUUUGUAUUUUACAUUUUUAUCUAUUAUUUUUAUUUGUCGGUUCUUUUUGUUUUAACCAAAGUUGGCACCCGAUGAUAGAGAACGUACUUUAGUUUUGGGGUCUCUUGCUCUUAAAAAAAUGUUUGGUAAUUAUCCGUGGCUGUUUGUCUGUGUGGGAUCUUUCUGAUGGUGGUUUUCUGCAGGAAGAAGCAGACUUAUUUAAAUUGUGAAUCAUGUUGUAGAUAGACCUCUUAUGUAUUAAUGUAAAGGAAAAAAACACUGACUUAACUCUGAAUAUACAGAUCAUCAUGUAUCCUGUUCUGGGGGGGGAGAAAGUAUAUUGUGCAAAAGGAUUAAGGGCCUGACUCAAUCAGAACCACUUUAGCCGACAUCCGCAUAGCUGAUAUUUUGAUGGUGGAACUGCGUUAAGAGCUGUCAAAUCAGCAGGAUUCCAACCUGCAUCCCACUGCUGGCUUGCCUCUGAAGCUAAGCAGGGUUGGUCCCUGGAUGGGAGGCAAGAUGCUGCUGGAGGGCCAGUAGGAGGCACCCUUUCCUCUGGUCUAAAAAACAAUUUCCCAAUGCCAGUGAUUGGAAAGGGGGAUACCUAGUCAGUCGUACAACUGAAAUGUGUCUUCCGCAUUUAACCCAACCCCUCUGAAUCAGAGAGGUGCGGGGGGCUGGCCCUGUGUAGGGUGUGAUGUUAAAGGGGUUCUGUGGUCACUAAAGAUCCCCUGGCACUUAUCGUAAGAGUAGGGGUGUUAACGCUGGUGUCCUGGCUAAAUUCCCAAUCUGGCCCUCAAAUCAUCCCCAGCUUACAAUUGGCUCAUCCCCCUCUCACCAGUAACUAUUCCCUAGCUCGUUGCUGUAAAUGAGAAUUUGUUCUCAGUCUACUUACCUGGUAAAAUAAAAAUCUACAAGCGGCUCCUGGCAUUAUACCUAAAGUGAACAUUGCCAUUGGCUGCAUGGAGUCGCAUUAAGAAAAAUCCCACGCAGCCUUGUUUACAAGUUUGAACACUGGAAUGUGAGAGAAAAUUCCUCAUUAUUUCAUUUGAAUGAUUUUCAAUUCGAUGGGUGUGGCUUCAUGACAAUAACCACAAGAGCAGCUGCUCGCCAAUUUGACAGCACGGCCGAAACAUGAGCUAUACGGGUGUUGGCUAUCGCUGGUUAACGCUUGAUCAGAUUGUAAUUAGGCCUUAGUUGGCUUGUUUGGGGGAAAUUAUGAAAUAAGCAUUGCAUAAUAAUAUUACAAUACCAGUAUAUGAGGGAGACAUGAGUCACCCUGUUCAACUGACUUACUUCCUGGUAACCAUAGCAACAGACAGGUAAACUCUCAAACCCACGUGCAGUACUUCCCUCAGUCUUAUUUUUUCUUUUUAUAUAUAUAUAUAGGCCCAUUUGUAUAUAGACGUUGUAUAUUCAGACAGCCCUAUUUGGUAUCUUCUCCGAGAGAUGUGGUAUGAGAAGUGAUGGUAGUUGAUCAUUAUAAUGGAUGUUAUGAUUACUUUGUAUUUGAAUAAUGGAUAUUUGGUGACUCUUCAACUGGAGGUCAGUCAUUUUAUGUAUUUAAAAGAAUUAUGUUGACUGACUGACACAGGUCUCUUGACAUAUAGGGAUGAUUUCAGUCUGACUAGUUUUGACACUUAUUUAGAUUGUACAGUCAGCUAACUAAUAGAUCACAAUGGGCAGAACUGUAUUCCGGAAUUGAAUUGUUUAAAAAAAAAAUCAUGUCCGAUUGACAGUUAACAUUUGAUGAACAUCGUUUUCAGUAAAAUGUUUAUACUAUAUGUUCCACAUGUUAAGAAUAAAUGUACAUGAAAUCUGGUUGA